AUGAUUAACAUCCACGACAACACAAACGUACACCCUUGUAAAGAAAAGUCAAUGAGGACUUCGAACUGUGAAAAUAAAUUGGGUUAUACAAAAUACAUGAAAUAUGCGAAUCAUAAUAAUAUAAAACAAGAGAAGCAUAAGAAUCCCUUUAGGAACUCGACAAAUGACACACUCAGUGCAGCCUCUUCCAAAUUGUACUGGUAA